GUAUAUGUGUGUGUGUGUGUGUGUGUGUGUGAGUCUGUGUAUAAAAGCCUUUCUCUCCAUGCUUUCAUUUCAGUCUCAGUGCAAGACUGAAGAGAGGGGAGGGGGACACGACCAAAGGAAAUCCCUGUGUUACAGUGGGAGACAUUUCUUUGACCUUCUUCCUCACUUUCUCCCCCCUUUUCCCAAUGUGUUUUGGGUUUCCGUCCUUUCCUCCUCAUCCUCAUCCUCCUCCGUCUUCUUCUUCUUCUUAAGCAUCUCUGUUCUGCUUGGACGGUGGCUGCAUCAAUGCAAAAUGGGUUGUGGCAAUUCCUCAGCCACCAGCACCUCAGAAGGAGGGCCAGCAGAAGUGUCCAAGGAUGUGACAGAAGAUCCCUUGGGAGACGAUGAGAAAAGAAGGAACUAUGGUGGUGUAUACGUAGGUCUACCGGCAGACCUAACCACUGUGGCUGCCAGUCAGUCCAAGUCCACAUGUAAAGACUAGCAGAUACUGAAUGGAACACAACACAGGAUUCUGCAUAUUCAUUCAUCUAUAGACUCAUUUUGCAAGCAGAGAGCAUGUAAGUGCUCCUAUUCUGGCUCACCACACACUGAAUAAUGUCUCAGGCUUUAACACUGUCAUUGAAUGAGGAUGUGGACAGUUUGCCGGGGAUCUGAGGACACUGCCUCAUGGAGUCAUGGGUGGCCCAAUGACACUGGUACGCACAGCAGAGGUCUGCAUAUGUCAUCCAUCAUCACCCUUCACUCAGCAAAAAAAAAUUAAAAAAAA